UUAUUGCUAAUCCUCAAUGUUCAGACCCAUUGGACGUCCACACAUCAGAUGCUUUGGCAUGCUCUUGACUACUGGGGGGCUGUUGACAUAUUUAUCACAACACACAAGGAAUUACAAGACCACUAUGAACUUUCUGAUGAGGAUUGGGUUGCAAUCUUGAUGGUAACAGAUUGGCUUAAGCAAUUCCACCUUGUGACCACAAAGAUGUCAACAACAAAGACACCUAUGUUCUCAAUGAUGCAUGCAACCUUUUAUGGACUUCAGCAACAUUUUAAAGAGAUUCUUACUGGCCUUCCAGAUAGCACAGCACCAGAGAUAAAGCAAGGUCUCCUGGAUGCCCAUCAAAAGUUGAGUGAUUACUACUACAAGUUCAAUGCAUCUCCCUUUUAUAUUUGGGCAGCUCAUAUGUGCUCACCCUCUAUUGAGGAUGACAAGUGA